CUUUUCGGUCUGUCACUUUUUUUCACUAGCGGUCCUCGAAGUUUUAUCAGAGAAAUAUAUUUGUAUAUUAUUAUUUAUUUAUAACAUAUUCUUACUUUCGGUCUAUAUUAUAAUUGCGAUUAGAAUGCAUUAGUGAUAUUGUUAAUUUAGUGUUCCUGUUAUUCAAAGAACAACAUGAUUAACAAGUGUAUGCAGUUUGAAGAUAGUGUAUGUGCAUGUGAAUAUUUCGACUAAUCAAGAUCCCUUCAAAAAGCAAAAUAGAGCCUUCAAGAAAAACGAAACUUGAAGAGUUAGAGACAGAAGAUAAAUACAAAAAACAGAUAACAAUGGCAGGUCAAAAGUCACAGACUCGUCACUACCGAGUUAUGAUGUCAGUGCUGGGUGUAUGCAAUGCUGGUUCUCUGGCUGCAGCAAUCAAUCUGGUGAUCAUACUUAAUCCGGACGACAGAAUUUCAAUAAAACGUGGGGCUGUCCUGACGGCUCUGGGAUUCGUGUACUUCAUGACUUUGUUUGAGCUGAUCAACAUGGCGGCCCUGUUCACCCAGGCUGGUGCGCGGUUCAGGCAAAAGUACAAGCUCAGCUGCGGAGAGGUUCUCGACAUUAGUAACAAAUUGGUGUCGGCUAUCCAGGCGGCUUUCUCAUGCGUGACUGGUGCUGUGGUGUGUGCUUGGUCGUGUACACGUGACCUGUUGAAGUCCUCCCACUUCAUGUCCGAGGCCUACGCAUGGUUCGGUGCCGCAUACUUCUUCUAUGACAUAUGGUCUAUGUAUAUGGUCCACGUCCACAUGACCACGAACGCGGACUACUUUAAGAACAGGAUCCGUAAAGUAUCGAAGCCCGAGGGUCCAGCCCCGGAGCCGGUCAAGCGACCCUCGUUCCUCUCGUACUGCAGACACGAGCCCGUCAUCCUGAUGCAUCAUCUGUUCAUCGGAGGAUUCGGAUUUUUGGUGAUAGUGUAUCUCCGCGGCGGGCUGGGCGACUGCGUCUUCGGGUUCGUGUAUCUGAUGGAAGCGUCGACUCCGUGCGUUUCGCUCCGCGGCGUCCUUUCUCGCCUCCGCCUAAAGAGUUCCCGCGCGUACCUCGCUAACGGUCUCGCUAUGCUGGUUGUGUUUCUUCUGUGCCGCGUCCUUAGCCUUCCGUACGUGUGUCUGUUGUACUCCCGUCGCCUGGGCCUACCGUACCUGGACGCCAUAGCGACUCUGCCUCUCGGCUGCAAGAUUUCCAUCUGCAUUCUGCUGUUGCCGCAACUGUACUGGUUUUACCUAAUGUCCGCGGGAGCCGUGAAGGUUUUCUUCGGCACCGGAAGCGGCCGGGAGCCGGAUCGCCGCAGAUGAUGCCCUCGGCGGAGCAUCCGGAGGCACUGAGGCCUCUACGGCGUCCGCUACAACCGGAUGCUGUAUUCUACGCACUAGAUAGAUAUGUUUUAGUUUUAAUUAUUUUAUGGUAUUUAUAGAGUGCGUGUGAUAUGGUGGUGGAGAUAUCGGUGUCGGAUGUCGCUAGAUAUAAAAUUCAGAGCUUGUUACGUCUUUUAAUAAAUUACGCCUCGAAUUGGACACCACCAAAGAAUUAAAUUCGUCGUGCCUUGUAGCGGCCGCUGUAAAUGAAACGCACAAACGUAGAAGCUGUUAUGAAAUGUUCAUCGAACAUUCUAGAACAUGUACCGUUAAUAGAGAGCUUUUUAAACAAAAGAUACCGAAGCAUUUCUAUCAAACAUUCUUUAACGUUUCUCUGCAUUUGUUUUCAUGCUUUAAGUUUUCAUAAUAUAAUGUUAUUAAUAUUAAAAUUUAUAUAAUCUCGAAUCUAAAUAAGUUCUGUAUGUUAUAUUAUAUAUUUAUAUAUUUUAUCAUAACGAUGUAAGCAUUCUAAAUGGCCUUUAUUAUUUAUGGUAAAUUUUCUAUCAUCAAUAUCGAAUAUUGUAAUGAUCUUGUUUUUUUUUUGUCUUAAACGAAAAUUAUAUAUAGAAUGAAUAUUUGUGAAACGUCCAUGUUGUAACGAUUUUUUGCUCAAAUGACUCAAGUCAGGGUUACAGUCGUUUGAAAUGUUAUAUAAAUUUAUUAUCUUAGUUCACAGAGUAUAAGCGCCUUUAUUCAAUUCGACAAAACCGUUCGUGUUUCCUCCAAACAGUACUCAGGAUUAUAAUUCGUCCUAUAAAUAAAAACGUUCACAUUGGCAGAAUAUUCAACGAUUCCAGUGCGAGCGAAGCGAUAGCAUUAAAAAAAAAUGUUCAUUAACAAACAAUCUGGUGCAAUAAAUUUAUUUAUAUCAAAUAAAUUUAGCUCUGCUAUAAGUUUGAUGUAACAUAGUGCUUAAAGCUGUCACUGUCUCAAUAUAAGUUACAUAUAACUUUAGAGUAAUAUUUCAAGUGUCUGGAGUUUUGGUCUUUGAGAUUGUUUUACAAAUUCAUAUAUUGUAUGUAAUUUGAGCUUAUAUUGUUUCGGCCUAUACGAUGUAGAAGACGUUGACGUUCAUACGACAAUUAAUAUUGGAAUUUUCGGUUAUAAUUUAAUAUUUAUAUUAAUAUAUAUAUAUAUAUUACUGUUGAAUACGAGAAUGACAUUGCUUUUAUUAAAACAUACCAGAAGAUCAAAAUAUUAUUCCAUUAAGUUUCCGAUAACGCCGUUUUGAAAUUCUUCAGAUCGAGCAAAAAAAUUAUCUUUAAUUUUUUAUCAAGUGUUUUUUAAGUCAGUAACACAUGAGUGAUAUAUGAACACUGAGGUCAUUUAAUGAAAUCUAAUUUUAGUUAUAAUAUCUAUUAAAUAAUGCUUUAAAAAAAUAAAACUUGUAAAAUGUUCUCCAUCUUGUACACUAUUCCUUAUAUUCUACAUGCUUUGUUGGCAGAACAGCGACGUCAUUAAGUAUUUGGUAAACUAAAUAUAUUUGUCAUAUGAACGUUUACACUCUCUUAAUUUUUCAAUAAUCAAGUUUUGAAUUGAUUGACCUUCGACUAUGGAAUUCAAAACUUUUUGUUUCCGUUAACUUACUGCGUCUGACCAUAAUGAAAAUACUAUAUAUACUAUAUAUAUAAAAUUGUUGAUUUGUUUUGAAUUUUGUAUAGAAAAGUCUAAUAGUAUACAAUAAUGCUGAAAUAUAUUUCAUGAGAGUGGUAAAUGUGGUACAAAUUAUAAUUUGAUUAUAAAUCCAUCAGUCGUUAAAGAUGAGGUGUCCUCAUUUUCUUGCUGUAAACAGUAGAGAAAUCAAGUUUCUCAUUUUCUUUAUGUUUAUAUACUUAUUUCAUAAAUGUACCUGUUAUGUACACUGAUAUAAUCUAUAUUUAUAUAUACUUUAUUUAUGUUAUAAACGACACCAUAAAGUUUCCUUGAUAUAAUUUAUAUUAUGGGAGCAUUUAAAUAAAUAUGUUAUUCUGUGUUACGUAUUCUUUGUAGUGUUUAUGAGGUUUCAUUACUGGUCACUUUGUUUUAGGAAUACUCCAAGAUCCUAUGAUACUAUGAUUUCAUCAAGUGUGUCAUGACAUUAGAGAAAGUAAUUCUAUCCGUCUGUCUAAGGGGUGAUAAUUUAAAAUUAUAGCUGUUAUUGGGUUAUACUUCUCUUCUCACCACUUAGCUACUUCAGAUAUCGCCUGAUGGAAUAAAUUAUUUUUAUUAUAAGAAAUAUUUAACUGCAUAGGAUCUUGGAGCACAGUAAAUGUAUUUCAGAAAAAUGUUUCGUCGCUUUUGUUGAGGUUCAAAUCUUCCGUUUGUAUCUUCAGUAUUAUUUCAACCAAAUUUAAUUGCGAGUCUCGAAGCCUAGGGUUUUCUUGAAUCUUCGAGCUUAUUUUAUAGGGUCAUUAUUGUGAAAAUGUCAUAUAUACUGGUAUUAAUAGAUUUACAUUUAUAAAUCGGCAUAUAAUUUUUUUUAAAAUAAUAUCGGAUUUAAUUGUCAGAGAUGUAAUAAAAAUUGGACUGUGCUUUGUGAAGGAAUUGUUAGAACUUGUCAUAUGCAUCUAAUACAGUCUUCCACAGCUUAAUAAAAUUUAUACUUACAACAUAAAUACUUCACAAAUACCCACAAUCUUCCUUUUUUGAAAAUUGUUUUUCAUAUAUUUCUUUUCAGUGACCAUAGAUUUUAUCUGUCAAGCAAACUUUACUGUUCUUGCUUAAUAGUUUUGAACUUUUGUCAUUCGUAAUAGAUGUAAAAUUUCUAUAACAGUUAAAUGUCACUCGGUGAUUGAUUGCCAUUUUGUAAAGUUUAAGUGUUACCAGUUUAUAUGUACUUUAUAAAAGUCAUGUAGUGAAUAGAGAUAGUGAAAUGUAUUAAAAAUUUUAUUUGUAAUAAUAAAUAGCAUUUUGUAAUCA